ACCCCAAAUAAUUUGACGGUACGAAACCCUGGCCGCCUGAGAACCCUAAACCCUUUCUCCCCUCUCCCGGCGGCGGCGCCGCCCUCCGCUCUCCGCCCGCUCCCUCUCUCCCUCUUGUCCGCCCAAAUCCCUCCGGCGAGUCCCUGCGUGCGCCCGCCGCCUCCGCCGCCCACCACCCUCCUUAACGCUAAACGCCGCUGCCUUGACUCGAAAGCGCCGCCGCCGCUCUCCCCGCGUCACACCGCCGUACUCCCGGGCCGCUGCCAUCCCGGCGCUCGGCUCGCCGCUGUGCCGCCUCGGACGUCCGCCGUCCCUCGUAGCUUCGCCCUUCUCGUGCCCUCGGGAAUCCGGCGAGGAGGAAGGGCGCACGCGCGGGGUCUGGGAUGGCCGACCUGCGGGGUAUCGAGGCAGCAUCAGAGGAAGUGGAUUCAAUCCAUUUCAGCUUCUACGGUGAUGAUGAAAUUAAGAGGAGCAGCGUUAAAAAGAUAACCAAGUCAGAGCGCCUUGAUGCCAAAAAUCUUCCUGUGCCAGGUGGAUUACUGGACCCUGCAAUGGGACCAAUCAAUGAUACUGAUACCUGCAAGAGUUGUGGUCAGCAUUCUGUUCGCUGCCCUGGUCACUUCGGUCAUAUUGAGUUGGCAAAACCAUUGUUCAAUCCUUUGCUGUUUACAAGUCUGAAAAACCUUCUCCAUGUCACAUGCUUCCAUUGUCACAAGUUCCGCUUGAACAAGGAACAGGUUGACAGAUAUGUGAAUGAACUUGAAUUGUUAGUAAAGGGUGAUGUUGCCCGUGCUAAAAAUUUGGAAGACUCAGGUAAAAGAGCAUCUCCUUCAGAGGAAGAUGAAGACAUUACUGAAGCCACUUCAUGUGAUAAGCCAUCUCCUGAGAAGGACAAGAAAACCUGGACAUCGGUCCAAUUGAAAGAGGUUCUGUCUAUUUUUUCCAAGAUAAUGAAAAAGAGACAGAAGAAGUGUGCAAAAUGUGACAUGAAGAGCCCAACAUUCUCAAGCCCUAUAUUUGGCUGGCUGGUCAAGGACACAAGUGCUUCUGCUGUAAGAGCAAAUGCAAUUGCCGAUUUUAAACUGAAGGGAGAUGGCGGUGCUCACAGCUCAGGGGAAACUGGGGUUUCUGGUUUUGACGAAGAACGUACUUCACCUCAGUCCAAAGGAUCAAUCAAUGAAGUUAGACACCUUUCUGAUGACACAAUUAAAGAAUUCGUGGCAUCAUCAGGAAAGAAGCAUCUAUUGCCUACAGAGGUUGAAUCUAUUCUCAAGGGUUUGUGGAAAAAUGAAGCCAGGUUCUGCAUGUUACUUUGUGACUUCCAGCAGGAUACGCUAAGUGUAUCAGAAAAGAGAAAGGGCUAUGAGAUGUUUUUCUUGAAUAGUCUCCUUGUGGCACCAAAUAGAUUCCGUCCAUCAACUAGCUCUAGUCUUGGAAUUAUGGAACAUCCACAAAAUGUUCUGCUAAGUAAAGUGCAAGAAGCCAAUCUUGCACUACAGCAUAAUAGCGCCAGUUCUAAUCAUAUGGAUGUUCUUAGAAGAUGGAUGGAUCUACAACGAAGUGUAAAUGUGUUGUAUGAUAGUAGCAAAGGCAUCGUGAAAAGCGAGAAGAAUGCUCAUGGUAUACGACAAUUAUUGGAAAAGAAAGAAGGAAUUCUUCGACAGAAAAUGAUGGGGAAGAGGGUUAAUUAUGCAUGCCGAUCUGUUAUAUCUCCAGAUCCGUACUUGGCUGUUAAUGAAAUUGGCAUUCCUCCUGUUUUUGCAACACGGUUGACGUAUCCUGAGAAAGUAACACCCUGGAACGCCAAAAAACUCCAAGAAGCUGUAAGGAACGGUGCGGAUAUUCACCCAGGUGCAACACAUUACAGGGACAACAGUAACAUUUAUAAGUUACAGGCGGCCCCUGCCAAACGCCGUGCCAUUGCUAAGAUGCUACCUGCAUCAAGAGGAUCAAUUUCUCAGCCUGGGAAAGACCCUAAUUGUGAAUUUGAAAGCAAGGUUGUAUAUCGACAUCUUCAAGAUGGUGACAUUGUACUUGUGAAUAGGCAGCCUACUCUUCACAAGCCCAGCAUGAUGGCUCAUUUUGUUCGAGUGUUGCCUGGAGAAAAGACGAUACGAAUGCACUAUGCCAAUUGCAGCACCUACAAUGCUGAUUUUGAUGGAGAUGAGAUGAAUGUACACUUUCCACAAGAUGAAAUAUCUCGUGCUGAGGCUAUGAACAUUGUUGAUGCAAACAAGCAAUACAUUGGUCCUAGGAGUGGUGAUGCUGUCAGAGGUCUAAUACAGGACCACAUUGUUGGUGCUGUACUACUGACAAAACAGGACACCCUUCUAAGCCGUGAAGAAUAUAGUCAGCUUGUCUAUGGGUCUUGUGUGCCCUCGAAUUGGGGCCCUCGUCAACCUGGUAUAAAGGUGUCUGCUAUUAAGGAUGAUGAUGCAUUAGGAUUUGUCCUUCCCGCUAUUUUGAAGCCAAAGCCCUUAUGGACAGGAAAACAGGUUAUAACAACCAUCUUGAAUCAUUUGACAAAAGGUCGUAGUCCAUUUACUGUGGAGCAGAAGGGAAAAAUAUCAGAAGAACAUCUAACCCCUAAAAAAUUCGAAGUUUCUAAGGAUAAAGAUCCUCCCACUCAAGAAAAAAAAGAUAAAGAUCCUUCCGCUCAAGAAAAAAAAGAUAAAGAUCCUCACGCUCAAGAAAAAAAAGAUGAAGAUGAAGAAGAAGUAGAAUUAGUAGAAAAAAAAGAAGAAGAAGAAGAAGAAGUAGAAUUAGUAGAAGAUGAUGAUGAAGGAGAAGAAGAAGAAGAAGAAGAAGAAGAAGAUAAUGGUGCUGAAGAAGAAAAAGAAGACAAAGAAAAACAAGAAAAGAAAAGAAAGGAAAGCGAAAGCGAAAGAAAAAUAGCUAUUUCUGAACUGGUUUUAUAUAUUAAAAACAAUGAGCUCAUAAAGGGCAUGAUAGAUAAGGCCCAGUUCGGGCAAUAUGGGAUAGUUCAUACUGUUCAUGAACUCUAUGGUGCAGAUACAGCUGGAAUACUGCUCUCGACAUUCAGCCGCUUGUUUACGCUGUUCUUGCAGUUUCAUGGUUUUACUUGUGGGGUGGAUGACCUGCUACUAUGCCAAAAAGCCGAUGAAGCGAGAAGGUCAAUUAUCAGUGAAAGUGACAAGUACAGUGAAAAAGCCCACGGGACAUUUAUAAAAACUGGAAAGGAUGGUGAAGAAUUGCAAAUGGAGGUGGAAAAAGUUAUAAGAAGGGAUGGGGAAUCUGCCACAGUUAACAUGGACAGAGAAAUUAGUAAUGCUCUCAGCAAUAUAACAUCUGAUGUCAAUAAAAAUGUAUUCCCUUAUGGUCUACAAAAGCCUUUUCCUGGAAAUUGUCUCACUCUUAUGACUGCAACUGGAGCUAAAGGUGGCGAUGUCAACAUGUAUCAAAUAUCAUCAUUGCUAGGGCAGCAAGAGUUAGAAGGAAAACGUGUUCCGCGGAUGGUUUCUGGGAAGACUUUACCGUGCUUUCUGCCAUGGGAUACUUCUUCAAGGGCUGGUGGUUUCAUUAGUGAUCGAUUUUUAACUGGUCUGCGCCCUCAAGAAUAUUACUUUCAUUGCAUGGCAGGCAGAGAAGGGUUGUGUGACACAGCAGUCAAAACAUCCCGUAGUGGAUACCUUCAGCGUUGUCUUAUCAAAUGUCUGGAAUCGCUGAAAGUCUCUUACGAUCACACUGUACGGGAUGUUGAUGGAUCAAUUGUACAGUUCUGCUAUGGAGAAGAUGGAGUCGAUGUGCUGAAAACUAGCUUUCUCAACAAGUUCAAAGAACUUGCUGAUAACAAGAAAGUUGUCCUUGACAAGAUAAAAGGCCAUAAGCAGAAUCAGCUGUUAUCAAAACCUAAUGGCUACAUUACUACACUGCCUAAGAAGUUGGUUGCUGAAGCAAAAGAGUUCCUUAAGCUCUUAAAGGAAAAGAAAAGCAGUGACAUUAAGAAGGGACUAAUGUGUGACAUUAAGAAGAAGGGACUAAUGAAGUUACUGAAAGUCAAAUACCUAUAUAGUCUUGUAGAUCCUGGCGAGGCUGUUGGUGUGGUUGCUGCUCAGUCAAUAGGAGAACCUUCAACACAGAUGACGCUCAACACUUUUCAUCUUGCUGGAAGGGGUGAGAUGAAUGUAACGCUUGGCAUACCUCGGUUAAAAGAAAUACUGAUGACUGCAUCAGCUAAUAUUAGUACACCUAUUAUGGUUUGCCCUCUGCUUGAAAAGUGGACUAGGGACGAUGCUAGGCGGGUGGCUGCAAAACUUAGGAGGGUUCGUGUAGCUGAUAUAGUGGAGAAAAUUGAAGUAUGCACAGUUCCUUUUUACAAUACUAAUGGGCACGUUUCGACCCUGUACAAGUUACAAAUGAAACUCUACCCACAAAAGCAUUACCCUCCUCAGUCAGAUCUUACUGUAGAUGAGUGUCAGACAACCUUGAGAACAGUUUUUGUUGAUGCGAUGGAACAUGCAAUUGAAAAGCAUCUAGAUCUGCUGCACAAAAUUAAUGAAAUUCGUGCUGUUAAGGUAAAUGAUGCAGAGGGCUCAUUAUCAGAUGGCGGUGAAGAAUCUGAAAGUAGACAUGGUGAUGGAGAAGAGACUGGUAUGAGUGAUGGUGAUGAUGAAAAUGAUAAUGAUGAUGACUUGGGAACUGAUGCAGAAAAGAGGAAACGGCAAGAGAGAGAUGAGAUGGAGUAUGAUGAUGAUACUGAAAAUGAAGAGGGAAUGGAUAGUGAAUCUGAGGAAGAGACCAAAGUUAAACAUCAGAGUGAGGAGGAUCCAGCUGAGUCAGGUGAUGAUUUGCAAGAGGCUGACGAGGAACACAAAACCUCGAAGUCUGACAUGACUUCAGUGGAUGACAUGUCAUAUUCUGCUAAAAAGGUGAAAAAAUCAAAAGAUAAGCAUGAGACAGCUAAGCUCCAAGAGAGAACUCAUACUGAGGGAAAAUCAGAUGAGCGUAAACAGGAUCAAAUGACUUACAAACGUAAGAAAAAGUUAAAAAGGACUGUCCAUGUUGAGUCAAAAGAUUUAGAUUUUGAGAUUCACUAUGCCUUUUGUGAUGAACCUCACAUUUUACUAGCUCAGAUUGCCCAGAAGACAGCUAGGUCUAUUUUUGUAAGGGCCUGCAAGAACAUUGACAAAUGUGAAGUUGAGGAAAAAAAAGAGAAAGGUAGCUCUGCUGUUCUAAAAACGUCAGGGGUGAACUUUGAAGUAUUCUGGAACCUCAGGAAAUACAUCAGCAUCAACAAGAUCACGACGAACGACAUCCACGCGAUGCUGAAGACGUAUGGGGUGGAGGCCGCGCGGGCCACCAUCAUCGAGGAAGUGAACCAUGUGUUUGGCGUCUAUGGCAUCAAAGUGGACCCGAGGCACCUGAGCAUGAUCGCCGAUUUCAUGACAUUCGACGGCGGUUACCGCCCCAUGAACAGGCUGGGGAUGGGCCAGUUCAGCACAUCACCAUUUGGCAAGAUGACAUUCGAGACGGCGACCAAGUUCAUCGUGGAUGCGGCCACACAUGGGGAGUCAGACUCGCUGGAGUGCCCCUCGGCCAGCAUCUGCCUCGGGAAGCCUGCGAAGGUGGGGACUGGGACCUUUGGGUUGCUGCAGAACCUUGCUUUGGAGCAGCCCAUGGCGAUCUAAGACUAAGGUUGUUCCAAAAAUUUUGGUCCAAGCUGCUUGUAGGAGAGAACAGUUGGGAUAGUUUGUUUAUGGUUUACUGCCUUGCUGCUUCCAUGGGAGCACCAUGUACCUCAUGAAACCGUACACCAAGAUAGAAAAGCUAUAUCUUCUGGAUUGAAUAUUUAUCUCAUUUAGAGAAGGUUUCGCUGGAGUGUUGUGGAAUUGCGUUGCUCGCAUUUUCGAUAUGAAAUUUCUAAAUAACACUCGGUUGAUUUU